UCGACUUCCGGCUCUGGCCCAUAGAGGUUGGUUGUUGGUGUGAGCGCUGUGGGUAGUAAGGUGUGGGUGUCUGAGCGGUCAUUAAAAAACGGAAGGCGGCAGAGGAGCGUGGCUGGGGAUGUGUGAAUUUGCAGAGAGCGGCGGUGGUGAUGAUGUGUAGACUAUAAGGACGGAUGUUACACCCAGGACUCGGUGCAGGAGCGAUCCCUCCAGUGUGUCUGCUGUUAGGUAAUUCAUGGCUGGGGACGUGGAAGGGUUUACUUCUUCAAUCCAUGAUAGCAGUGUCUCUGGUGGCUUCAGGGCACUAUAUGAAGAAGGCCUAUUGGUUGACGUCACUCUAGUGAUAGAAGAUCACCAGUUCCAAGCCCACAAAGCUCUGCUGGCCACACAGAGUGAUUACUUCCGCAUCAUGUUCACAGCCGACAUGAGAGAACGUGACCAGGACAAAAUCUACCUAAAGGGAUUGACAGCCACAGGCUUUAGCCAUGUCCUUCAGUUUAUGUACUAUGGGACCAUUGACCUCAGCAUGGCUUCCGUCCAUGAAAUUUUACAGGCCGCUAUGUAUGUUCAGCUUACAGAAGUAGUGAAGUUUUGCUGCUCUUUCCUUAUGGCAAAAAUUUGCCUGGACAACUGUGCAGAGAUCAUGAGGCUUUUAGACGAUUUCAGUGUGGAUGUAGAAGGUGUGAGGGAGAAACUUGAUGCCUUUCUCCUGGAAAACUUUGUUCCCCUUAUGGCUAGACCUGACUUCCUCUCCUACCUUACCUAUGAAAAACUCAAGAGCUAUUUGGACAAUGAUCGUCUGAGCCGGUUUCCUGAGAUUGAGCUCUAUGAAGCUGUUCAGACCUGGUUACGACAUGAUAGGAGACGCUGGAGACACACAGAUGCCAUUAUUCAGAACAUCAGGUUUUGUUUGAUGACCCCAUCCCAUGUCUGUGAGAAGGUAAAAACCUCUGAGUUUUACAGAUACUCACGUCAGCUGAGACAAGAAGUGGAGUUGGCACUAAAUUACUUUCACAAUGUAAGUGAGCAACCUUUGAUGGAUAUGAAGUCCAAUCAUAUUCGUUCAGCAAAACCUCAAACAGCAGUAUUCAGAGGCAUGAUUGGACACAGCAUGGUCAACAGCAAAAUUCUUUUGCUGCACAAACCACGAGUGUGGUGGGAACUCGAAGGUCCGCUGGUACCUCUUCGACCUGACUGCCUUGCCAUUGUUAACAACUUUGUCUUUUUGCUUGGAGGAGAAGAACUGGGUCCAGAUGGAGAAUUUCACGCAUCAUCCAAAGUGUUUAGAUAUGACCCAAGGCAAAACAGUUGGGUUCGGAUGUCUGAUAUGUCUGUACCUCGGUCGGAGUUUGCAGUAGGUGUUAUUGGGAGAUAUAUCUAUGCUGUUGCUGGCAGGACGCGUGAUGAAACAUUUUACUCGACAGAACGUUAUGAUAUAGUAGAAAACAAAUGGGAACUUGUGGCCCCGUAUCCAGUAAACAAGUAUGGCCAUGAGGGUACAGUUCUCAAUAAUAAGCUGUUCAUCACUGGUGGAAUUACAUCCUCUUCAACAUCUAAGCAAGUCUGUGUGUUUGACCCUAGCAAAGAAGGCACAAUGGAGCAAAGAACCCGAAGAACCCAAGUGCACACCAACUGCUGGGAAAACAAAUGCAAAAUGAACUACGCCAGAUGUUUUCACAAAAUGAUCUCUUACAAUGGUAAACUCUAUGUCUUUGGGGGUGUCUGUGUCAUACUAAGGGCCUCCUUUGAAUCGCAGGGAUGUCCAUCUACUGAGGUAUAUGAUCCGGAAACAGAUCAGUGGACCAUUCUAGCAUCUAUGCCUAUCGGAAGGAGUGGUCAUGGUGUGGCUGUGCUGGACAAACAAAUAAUGGUACUCGGUGGGCUAUGUUACAAUGGCCAUUAUAGUGACUCUAUCUUAACAUUUGAUCCGGAAGAAAACAAAUGGAAAGAAGACGAGUACCCCAGAAUGCCUUGCAAAUUAGAUGGCCUACAAGUAUGCAGCCUGCAUUUUCCAGAAUAUGUUUUAGAGCAUGUGAAACGUUGCACUUGAACAACAG